AUGUCGGCUCGUAUCGGCGUUCCUGUCAUGAUGGUGGGUACCGCUUUUGGCACCGCGCUUGUCGUCCGCGGCCUCUUGGCUGCAUCGUCGCGCCAUCGGCUGAUGUCUGGCGCAGGCGGCUUUUCCAUCUCGGCCGCGCCGCACUCGUUUGAGCCUUCGGCGCCGCAGCACGAGGACCACCUGCGCGCCCGUGUCAUUCCCAACUCGCCGACGACGCGCACGCACGCCUGA